UUUUCUAGAUUAUCAAUAACCUACAUAAAAAAUGAAAAUCCCACAAACCUUAGCCUUAUCAGAAGAUUCAGAACAGCAGAACUGCUCUGCUGACGAGUGCAUACUACUGAGUCUACGGGAGUUACAUAUCCAUCGUUUCUCCCGCCAAAAACACCUUUCCAUCUCCAUCAAAUGCACUUCGAGUUCGAGUUCGUUGCCUCAGACCGAUAUCCCGAAUCCAAACUCAGAUUCCGAGACUGAAAGCGAAGCAAACCGUUUUGCAGUAGAGAAGCGGAGAAAAUCUGUGAUAAUUCGAGACAGGAAGUCUAGAGAGGGUUUGGUUAAGCCGGAGCCGCCGAAUUUUGAGAUCGGAUGGAAAAGAACGAAGGAGAUUCAGUUGGAGAAGCCGAAAGGAUACGUGAUUGCCGAUUUCCUGGAGAAGUUGGAGGGUCUGAUGGGGAGAGAGUAUGGGUCGACGGAGCUUCUGGCGAAGACCGGAGAAAUUGUAGCGGAGAGAGCGCGAGAAGAAGCGGAGGUGUUGAGAGAGGAAGGAGAGGUGGAGGACAGAAUGAUCACGGAAUUAUUUAGAGUUCUAAGGCUGAUGGAGAUGGAUUUGGCCAUGGUCAAGGCAGCGGUCAAGGAAGAAACGCUGAAGGAGAGGCUCGAGCAGGCCAAGGCGCGGUGCAGGCAAGCCAUUCUCGUUGCUAAUUCAUUCUGAUUUUGUUUGUUCUUGCUGGUAAAAUAAAAUCCAUUGACGAAGGAUUAUGUCUGUCUACGUAUCUAUGGUUCUAUUCGUCGGCGACUCGGCGUCCCCUCUCUCUCUGACUCUGUCUGUGUUAGACGGAAGAUGUGCAUGGGCCAUGGUGGCCUUUUGAUAGAAAAGGCCGGAAUAGGGGUAUGAGCUUUGUGAACUGGAAAUGGUGAAACUUGAAAGCUUGUUGGGCAGGACAUUAUUAGAUGGCCCUGUAUCAAUUAGGCUAUGUUUGGUUUGAAGGAAAGUGUAGGGAAAGAAAGGGAGUGAUAAGAAAAUUUAUACAUUUAUAAAAGAUUUUCUUACCUUUUUCUUCUUUUCCCUAUCUUUUCCUUCAAAUCAAACAUAACCUUUAAGCUCUAUUAAGAGUUGGGAUUGGUUAGGGCGUGAUCUUGGUCCAACCAAAAAUCUUCGGCGGAAGCAUGUGCAGAUAUCUGUGGCCCAGUUCAUGCUUAGCAAGUUUUGAUUCUCUUGGUCAAGGCUCAAGGGCUGUUCGUUGUGCAGCUGGAAUAGGGUUUCAUCUGUUGUUCUAGUUUAACCUGUUAAUGGAUUAUAAUUGAGCAGAAAAAAAGAUAAAUCUCUUAAAGUA